AGACGGACCCAGACUUGCCCUCCGAGCCUUCACUUCCGCCGGAAGUCACUUCCAGUCGCCCGUGCCCUUUCCUUUUCGCACGCGCGGGGGCCCGGCUCGGGGCGCGAGAACGACCACAAUGGCGGCCACCACCCUGCUGCGCGCGACGCCCCUCUUGAGCGGUCUCGGCACCGGCCCGACCCCAUUGCUGCAGGGUCUGCUGCGGCCACUGAAGGCCCCGGCACUGCCCCGCUUGUGCCGCGGCCUGGCCGUGGAGGCCAAGAAGACCUAUGUGCGCGACAAGCCCCAUGUGAACGUGGGCACCAUCGGCCAUGUGGACCACGGCAAGACCACACUGACCGCGGCCAUCACGAAGAUUUUAGCGGAGGGGGGUGGAGCCAAGUUUAAGAAGUAUGAAGAGAUUGACAACGCCCCUGAAGAGCGAGCGCGUGGAAUCACAAUUAAUGCGGCUCACGUGGAGUAUAGCACUGCCGCCCGCCACUAUGCCCACACAGACUGCCCCGGUCACGCAGAUUACGUGAAGAUGGACGUGGAGCUGAGGAGGUCCUUGAACUACACUGUUUCCUAUCCUACCCAGAAUAUGAUCACAGGCACUGCCCCCCUCGACGGCUGCAUCCUCGUGGUGGCAGCCAAUGACGGCCCUAUGCCCCAGACCCGAGAGCAUCUAUUACUGGCCAAACAGAUAGGAGUAGAGCACGUUGUGGUGUACGUGAACAAAGCAGAUGCUGUCCAGGACGCCGAGAUGGUGGAGUUGGUUGAGCUGGAGAUCCGGGAACUGCUCACUGAGUUUGGCUACAAAGGGGAGGAGACCCCGGUCAUCGUAGGCUCUGCCCUCUGUGCCCUUGAGCAACGUGACCCUGAGCUAGGCGUGAAGUCCGUGCAGAAGCUGCUGGAUGCCGUGGACACUUACAUCCCAGUACCCACCCGAGACCUGGAGAAGCCUUUCCUGCUGCCUGUAGAGUCCGUUUACUCUAUUCCUGGCCGUGGCACGGUGGUGACAGGUACAUUAGAGCGUGGCAUUUUGAAGAAGGGAGACGAGUGUGAGUUCCUGGGACAUAGCAAGCACAUUCGCAGUGUGGUGACAGGCAUUGAGAUGUUCCACAAGAGUCUGGAGCGGGCAGAGGCAGGUGACAACCUUGGAGCCCUGGUCCGAGGCUUGAAGCGAGAGGACCUGAGGCGUGGCCUGGUCAUGGCCAAGCCAGGGUCCAUCCAGCCUCAUCAGAAGGUGGAGGCACAGGUUUAUAUCCUCAGCAAGGAGGAGGGUGGCCGCCACAAGCCUUUUGUGUCCCACUUCAUGCCUGUCAUGUUCUCCCUGACUUGGGACAUGGCCUGUCGUGUCAUCUUACCACCAGGGAAGGAGCUUGCUAUGCCUGGGGAGGACCUGAAGAUCACCCUUAUCUUGCGGCAGCCCAUGAUCUUAGAAAAAGGCCAGCGUUUCACCCUUCGAGACGGCAACCGGACCAUUGGCACUGGCCUUGUCACUGAGACACCGGCCAUGACUGAGGAAGACAAGAACAUCAAGUGGAGUUGAGUCUGGACUCUGCUCAGACUCUGGUAUUGAAAGCUGCACUGGCCAGCGUUCUUUCCUGCUGCUGGCGCCCCCUCCCCAGGGCCCAGGCUGCAACCCAGCAGUGCAACUAGGCUGACGCUUCCCCUGGUCAGGAGGGGCCCCAGGGCCUGCCAGGUGAGGUAGGUCAAUAAACUGUUCUGUGAAUAGCGAG